AUGCAAUUCACUCUCAUCGGCCUUUCCUACUACUUCGUCAUCGUGAUGCCAAUCACGACGAAGGAUCAUUCCACAACAACUGGGCCAAUGAUGGCAGGAUUCCCCGAGGCCCCAGACGAAGACGGGGACACGGGAAGACGUCCCCGCAAACCCGGGCAGGCCCCGUCCUACUGGAGCCUGCGCGGGGCCGGGAUCUCGGGCGCCCCCCGCCUCCCUCCGAGAUGCGGGUCUGCAGACCGCAGGGACCCCGGGGGAGGGCGGGGGGGUCUCCCGCCGCAGUUGGGGCGCGCACGGAUCCCCUGGAGAGACCCCAGCCCCCGGGGCGCUGGGGAGGGCGCGCCUUCCCCCCAAGCCAACCCCCCAGGCCGCCCGGCCCGGCUUCCGGGAGCGCCCGACGCGGCGCGCACGAACCUGCCACCCCCCACCCCCCACCCCCGGCCAGGGCGCGCGGGACCCCCUGGCGACCCCGGCCCCCGGGACGCGCGGAGCGGGCGGGGCACUGGAGAGGGCGCGCCUCCUCCCACCGCCAAGGCCGCCCGGCCCUGCUUCCGGGAGCGCCCGACGCGCCCGCCUCCCCGCGCCCAUUCCCAGCUCCGCCCCAAACCUGGGGGUCCCCUCCACGGGCGGAGGGCGCGCCCCGGGCCCGGCGGCGCGGUCCCCGGCCAGCUCCCCGCAGCUCCGCCCGGCCCGCGCGGCCCCGGCCCCUCGCCGCCUCCCCGGGCCCCUCCCCGGCCGCUGACCUGGCUCCACGAAGCCCCGGACGCACCGGCGCAGCAGCUGCGCCAGGAUCAGCGCCGCGCCCACCGCGUACACCCGCAGGGCCGCCCGCGCCGCGGACAAAGGCGACAUGGCUGCCCCCGCCGCCGCCGCUUCCGCGGGACUCGGAGCUCCGGGCCGGACGGCGGAAACGCGCCCGCGCCGAUCAUAGACCCCAGGGACCACCACCCGGACUCCAGGACCACCACAGCCCCCAGGAUCAUGGACCCCAGGGACCCCUGA